AUGCAGCCCUCUCAGUGCAGCAGCGUCAGCGCUGAGGCCGUAGAAUUUGAUUUGCGGGACUGCGGCCUUUUUGCUUCUCUCCUCGCAUUCACUCUACCCUCAACCUCACCCGGGGGCGACGGUGGUGGUGGUGGCCGCAGCAGCAGCAGCAGCAGCAGCAGCAGCAGCAGCAGCAGUAGCGAAGAAGUAGCUGACUGGCAGUGUCUGCGGGUCACCUUUGGGCCCAAGGGUUUGCUGCUGCGGGGUGUAUCGAGAGGUCGUGAGGUGUAUGGGGAGCUGCUGCUGCCUGUCUCUUUCUUUCAGGGGUUUGAAUACCAGCAGCAGCAGCAGCAGCAGCAGCAGCAGCAGCAGCAGCAGCAGCAGCAGGAGGAAGAAGGAGAGUCUGUAUUGGUGCCCCUCAAGUCCUUUGUCAAUGCUCUGCUGCUCUUUGGAGAAUCGGCUCACAUGCGCCUGCGCUACGCCUUUGGAGAGGGGGUAUUGUUGCUGCUGCUGCAGCAGCCGCAGCAGCAGCAGCAGCAGCAGCAAGUUGCUGUUGCUGCUGCUGCUGCUGCUACUGCUGCUGCUGCUGCUGUUUCCGAUGCUGCUGUAGAUCCUACUGUUGCUGCUGCUGCUGCUGCUGCUGCUGCCACUGCUGGAGACCUGCUCCAUACGGUUGUGCUGCUGCUUGACCUGGGGCAACAACCCAUGUUGUUGCUGCUGCUGCUGCAGCAAGUGCUGCAACUGCCCCAGGAACUCAAGACACUGCCGCUGCAGCAGGCUUUGGUUCUGCUGUUGCUGCUGCUGCUGCUGCUGCUGCUGUUGCUGCUGCAGCCGCAGUUGCUGCGGGAAGUGCUGCAGGAGCUGCUGCUGGGCGAAGACGACGCAGCUGCGCAGGUAGCCAUAGAGUGGACCCCCCCUUUUUCUAAGGAAGCAGCAGCAGCAGCAGCAACAGCAGCAGCAGCUGCUGCAGCAAGUGCUGCAACUGCCCCAGGAACUCAAGACACUGCCGCUGCAGCAGGCUUUGGUUCUGCAGCAGCAGCAGCAGCAGCAGCAGCAGCAGGGCCUCUUCCUACUGACGACAGAAAGCUGCACCAGCCGCAAGUGCUGCAACUGCCCCAGGAACUCAAGACACUGCUGCUGCAGCAGGCUUUGGUUCUGCAGCAGCAGCAGCAGCAGCAGCAGCAGCAGCAGGGCCUCUUCCUACUGACGACAGAAAGCUGCACCAGCCGCCUAUCAUGA